GGGAAUGAAAAUUAUAAAACGGUCCCCUAUGGAAUAGAAUUGAUGAUUAUUUGCAGAAGAAUAUAAAUUCCAAUCCAACAUGAACAAUAUCAAAUUCAGUAUCUGCCUACUAUACUUACAUACAUACAAAUAUGUACCAAACAAAGAAUCUAUUGUUCCUCAAACACAAAAUGAAUUUAUAUACUUAUCAUCAUCAUUUAGUUAUAGCCACCAUGAAAUCAAUCGAUCAACUACCUAUCCACAUCCUCAAAAACAAGACGUAAUUUCUAACUACAAGAACUUCAUCAAAACUCCAUGUAGUUUUCAUAGAAAAAGCGAAAAGAAUGGAACUUUAAUGCCCUUGGAGUAGGUGGCAGAGGUAGAGGCAGAGGCAGAGGGAGAAGGAAUGAAGUCAGAGUUGGUGGCGAGGAAGAGAAAUAGGGCGACGACAGCGACACACAUUGCACAAACAGCGACGACGGAAGAAGACAGACCGCGAAAAUGUCAAGAACCCUAGCAGAAUCACAAAUUAUGUUUAAGGUUGGAGAGGGGAAAUUUGGAAACUAAAAAUCGUAGGGGUAAAUGUAGAAUUACAAAAAAUGAAAACAGAGGGUUCAAUUUGAAAUUACUAAAAUCCGUGGCCUAAAUAAGAUAACAAAAGUAGAAACAAUUAAACAAAUAAGUAAAUAACCUCGAACAAGCUUGAUUCUACCCUCGCUCUUUUGGUGGUUGCAAGAAUGUUGUCAUUCUUCUCAUUCUCACGAAUCAUGUUAAGCCCCAAUCACUUGAUGAAGCUGUUGAUUCCUUCACUCGCAUGCUCUCUAUGCGUCGCCCUCCAUCCAUCAUUCAAUUCACCAAGAUUUUGGGAUCUCUUUCCAAGACCAACCAUUUCUCCACCGCCAUUUCCCUUUUUCAGCAAUUGCAAGCCAAAGGAAUCGCUCCCGACUUAUUUACUUUGAGCAUCGUAAUUAAUUGUUGUUGCGGCAUGGGUCGUAUGACGCUUGCUUUCUCUGUAUUGGCCAAGAUUUUCAGAAUGGAUUAUCAACCUAAUACGGUAACAUUGACCACAAUCCUGAAAGGUCUCUAUCUCUGUGGUAGUGUUGAAAAAGCAGUGCGCUUUCAUGACAGAGUGCUUGCUCAUGGAUUUCACUUUAAUCAAGUCACUUAUGGGACCUUGAUCAAUGGCCUCUGUAAGACCGGACACACGUCAGCUGCUAUUCAAGUGUUGAGAAAGAUCCCACGGUAUGGCGUUGCUCCUAAUGUCUUUAUGUACAGCGCAAUUAUUGAUAGCCUCUGCAAGGAUACACUUGUAAGUCAGGCUUUUCAUUUAUUCUCUGAAAUGCUUGCUAAGGGAAUUUCUCCCGAUGUUAUCACAUACAGUUCUCUCAUUUUUGGAUUGUGUCUUGAAGGUCAAUAUAAGGAAGCCAUUGAUUUGUUAAGUGAUAUGAUGCUUAGAAACAUUACUCCAAAUGUUCGUACCUAUAGUAUUUUGAUCGAUGGGCUAUGCAAGGAAGGAAAGAUCAAAGAUGCUAAGAGUGUAUUGGCUGUAAUGGCAAAACAUGGCGUGAAACCAGAUGUGGUUACUUAUACCAGCUUAAUGGAUGGAUAUUGUUUGGUUAAUCAGGUAAAUAAGGCAAAAUAUAUAUUCAACACAAUGGCCCAAAGUAGAGUGUCACCCAAUGUUCAAAGUUACAGUAUCAUGAUUAAUGGCUUCUGUAAAAGUAAAAUGGUCGAUGAAGCCUUGAAUCUCUUUGAAGAAAUGCGCUGCUGCUGCUGCGGUUGUGGCUGA